AGGAGGAGGAAACAACCUCAUGCAAAGCUGGACUAAAGAGAAAAUACCCUGAAACUGUGGAAAGUCUCUGUCUGACAAAAUGCCAUCCAGAAGAAAAACAGCCACAUUUACAUCCGCUUUUUUUACCUGCCUUUGCUCUUUUGUGAUGAUUUGUGUUGUGCUGGCAACCCAGCACUGGAUGAGUAGCGAGAUUCGCUUUUCUGGCACAAACUCCAGCGUGACCAUAAGCCUCACCUAUGGACUUUUUAGUGGUACCUGCGAACAGUUCGUUGAUGUGGGACUCCAGAUUUCGGAAAAGACUUUCCAAGUUGCAGAUAACCUGAGCAACACCAAGGCAAAAAGCAUGAUCACUGCGAUUAUUGUGAUUCUGGUUCUCGGUUUACUGAGUUCCCUUCUGAGUUCUGGAUUUACCUGCACUAAUGCUGUCAGUAAUCCCUACCAGACGUUUUUGGGAGCCACUGGAAUCUACACUUGGAAUUCCUUGUGCGGAAUCUUCAUUCUUACAGUCAUGAUACUUUUUCCUGUGAGCAUAGAGGAAAACGGCCUGUCUGUAGAACUGGCCAAUGGAUGUUUUUCUUUUCUGCAGACACAUACCAAAUCUGUACACACUUAUGGAUAUUCAUAUUGGAUCAUGCUGCUCAUCAUUUUUCUGAACAUUGCUUCUAUCAUCAUCAUAUAUUUCUAUGACCACGCAAGAUAUUCUAAGAAAAAAGAACAGGAAAGACCCAUUGAAAAUGCACCAAAAGACGUCAUUCUGUUCUAAGGAUGCCACUGAAAAAAGGAUGUAAAGGAAAAUGACUAUUUAAUGUGGCCAAUUCUGGCUGAUCAUUUCCAUUGAAGUUGACUUGUGUAUAUAGUUCAAUUAACAAAAUCAUCUAUCGUGUCUUCAUUUUAUCUUUAUGCUGGGUAUUAGUAUAACACUUAUAAGCUUCCAUAAACAUACUGCCUAAGCACCUCUGGGUAGGUAUGGCCCAAAGUGCAUGAUAUCCCAGGGCCGUCCCAUAGGAACGAACCUCAUGCACCUUGCGGCUCCAUAAUUCCCAGAGGAAUCGCUAUGAAAACAUGCUCCUAGGAGGGUUCCUGCUGUCUGUACCACCUCUGCCUGCCUUUCCAAGAGGAUUGUCACCCUCUUGCCCAUGCAGCAUGGAGAGGUUGGUUUGCAUCUCUGCUUUCUGGUUAUUUCUGGACCACAGGACAGACCCAUGGUGGCUGCCUCAGCUCUCUGCAGGGGUGCACCAACAUUGGCACGGCAUGAAUGCACUUCUGCUUCACCUUCUGGGUCCGAAUGGGAAGACUGGAGACACUGUUUUGGUUGCGUAUGUCAUUUGUGAUCUUAAGGGCAGAAAUAGUGCAAACACCAGGAACGGUGGGGAUGGUGAGAAAUGGUCAUGAAGGUAUCGAUGCUUUGGUUUGUCCUGCCAUUCCUACUACAGUUCUUUCCCUGUUUAAGGGUUUUCUCCCCCAGGUCCCUGCGGCACUGCCCUGGUGACUGUGGGCAGGCUCGCAGGCUCCUGUUCAUGGGCAGGAAAGUGAGCACUUGGGCAAAAUUGCUUUUGGUCAGUCACCUUCACAUCAAACCUCCCAACAGCACUGCCCCUGCUUCCAUCCAUGGCUGGGGUGCCAGACAGGGCAGCAGGAGCAAGAGGAAGGGCCAUGGGCAGCAGAAGACAGCAUAGGAGCCCAGUAUCUGCAAGAUUUUAAUUUGUAUAAACAUUAGCAAAAUUCUAGUUCAGGCUGUUUAUAGACCUUUGAUUACUCUUGACAGCAAACGGCAAAGCUGCACCUGGAGCAGGUGUGGCCACCCACCCGCUACUCCAGACCAUCAUUGCGCCCCCCACAAAAGCCAGAGAGCGGGCUGUAUUAGCGAUGAUUUAUGGCCAGUACCCUCCCUAUGCCUGGUUUAAUUAGUAUUUAAUAUGCAGACAAAGACACACAACUGCAGAACUGCACAGAAGUGGGAAGCUCCCUUCCUGCCCCCCCGAGGGAAAGCAAGCAGAUGAAGGUGACCUUGGGACAGAUGCCAUUGUGUGAAGUCACGCUUACCGCACGUGCCGCAGGAGAAGGGCACCAUGCAAAAAGGUGGUCAGAACCUUCUGCUCCUUUGCUCCUCAUCUUUGCAGCUAGGAGAGAAUUUUUAUCACAUCAUUUUCCUUUACAAUAUGUUUUUCAGUCAUGCUUGAUAGCUGUCCUGUGAUGCAAGUGAAUGUUUGUGGAGAAAAAAAAGCAUUUCUGAAGAGGUGAUGAGAAGAUACAAGAGGUGACUUCUCACUAUUUAUGUGCAAAAAUAAAGUUUUGGGAUUAAAGUGCCCAAUACUUUAUACAGCUGUGCUCUUUCAAAGGGAUCAAAGCAGAGGGCUUUUCCAUCCUGCUUAAGCAUUUGACUAAAAGUAUGACAAGGGCAGAGUGGGGAAAAAUAAAAAUAAAAGAGGGUUUCUAAGACUUGAGGGGCAACACAGGUCAACAAAAUAAGAGAUGCUUUCUGCUCCGCACUGCUGACAAGAACCAUGCCUAGAACUGCUUUUCAGUGCUGUAAACAUUGCAGUUAAAUCAUCAGAUACCGUGCACCCGCGAGCUAAGCUGGAGGAAAGCCAAACAUUUGCCAGUUUUGCUUUGGCUGCAAAAAUUUUCACACAGUUUCAGCAUGCAUCUGUCACUGUUGUACUCAGCCAGCAUCCAUCACACAA